AUGUCCCGGUUCUUGAUUCGUCAACAAGAGAAGUUUGUGCAAGCUCUUGGAAGGCACAAUAUACCAGGAUUACGAUGGUUACUUGAUGGUUUUAAUUAUUACGAUAUUUCACGAGUGAAAGAGGUUGGUCCUGACCGUGCUGCAGCAGAGUGGAUCGUUCGGUGUGGAGGCGCCGUGAAAUUCGACAAAAUUGCCGACACUUUUGAUGACUAUAAUGCACUGAUCAAGAGAACCGCCGAGCUUGAUCCUAGAUUACCACAGGACGACGUGAAAGUGACACAUAUUCUUGCUGUGGAUGCUUCAGUUACCGGGUAUGGCUGUCUUCAUUUCGAAGGAUUGAAUGCAAUCAAGAAAGUGCAAUUCAUUCGAUGCGAUAACCUGCACGACUUUGGGCUAGAAUACAUGGCGAAAGCUGUCGGGACUCACCUGGAGACUCUCGAGAUCGAUGGAUGUCGGCGAAUAACUGAAUUCGGAUUGGCUCAUUUGGAAAUGUGCAGGGCCUUGAAGUCUCUGCUGUUGUCAAACCUCAAAGCUGUUCAUGGAAAAGAUAAGGUACUUGGAAGGCUAAAAUCGGCACUUCCAAAUACCGACAUUCGUCACUCUUCCUUUUGA